AUGCAGAAUCUUUGGCAUGAGCCCUGCUAUGUGUUUGCAGCAAACCCAGGUCUCCUUGUGGGUACUCUUGAUGUCGUGUUGGACUCCAGUGCCAGAGUGGCACCGUAUCGAAUCCUCUACCAAGCACCAGACUCCUUGGUCUAUUGGACUAUUGCCUGUGGUUGCUCAAGGAAGGAAAUCACUGAACAUUGGGAAUGGCUUGAACAGAAUUUGUUGCAAACUCUUUCAAUCUUUGAAAAUGAGAAUGACAUCAAUACAUUUGUCAGAGGAAAAAUACAGGGCAUCAUCGCUGAGUACAACAAAAUCAAUGGCAUCAAGGAGGAUGAUGAUACAGAAAAAUUUAAGGAAGCCAUAGUGAAAUUUCACAAGCUAUUUGGAAUGCCGGAAGAAGAGAAAUUAGUCAACUACUACUCCUGCAGUUACUGGAAGGGGAAGGUUCCCCGUCAGGGCUGGGUGUAUCUCAGCAUUAACCACCUUUGCUUUUACUCUUUCCUCAUGGGCAGGGAAGCAAAGUUAGUUAUCCGCUGGGUCGAUAUCACUCAACUUGAGAAGAAUGCUACACUGCUCUUCCCUGAUAUGAUCAAAGUGAGCACAAGGUCAAGUGAACAUUUCUUCUCAGUAUUCCUUAAUAUCAGUGAGACAUUUAAACUAAUGGAACAGCUUGCCAAUAUAGCUAUGCGACAGCUUUUGGACAAUGAAGGAUUUGAACAAGACAGGUCAUUACCUAAACUGAAAAAGAAAUCCCCCAAAAAAGUAUCUGCACUGAAACGAGAUCUUGAUGCCAGAGCAAAGAGUGAGAGAUACCGUGCAUUGUUCCGACUUCCCAAGGAUGAGAAAUUAGAUGGACACACAGACUGUACUCUCUGGACUCCAUUCAACAAAAUGCAUAUUUUGGGUCAGAUGUUUGUUUCUACAAACUACAUUUGCUUUACUAGUAAAGAAGAGAACUUGUGCAGCCUUAUUAUUCCCCUUCGAGAGGUGACAAUAGUGGAAAAGGCAGACAGCUCCAGUGUGUUGCCCAGCCCGUUAUCAAUCAGCACGAAAAACAGAAUGACGUUCCUCUUUGCCAACUUGAAAGACAGAGACUUUCUUGUACAGAGGAUCUCAGACUUUCUGCAACAAACCACUUCAAAAAUAUACUUGGAAAAAAAUAUUUCUGGAAGCUAUAUCAGCUCAGAUGAUGAGGUGUUUACAAGAUCAAGUAGUUUAAUUUCUGCCAGCCCUCAUAAAAGCCUCAGCUCUGAGUCGGAGGGAGAGCGACAGUUCAAUCUCAAUGACAACGGCAUUCCAACAGCAACUCAAGCUUUAAUGACGAUGUAUCGACGGAGGUCCCCUGAGGAGUUCAACCCCAAGCUGGCUAAAGAGUUUUUGAAGGAACAGGCCUGGAAGAUUCACUUUGCCGAAUAUGGCCAAGGAGUCUGUAUGUAUCGUACAGAGAAAACCAGAGACCUUGUGCUGAAAGGCAUUCCAGAAGGCAUGAGAGGGGAGCUUUGGCUUCUCUUCUCAGGAGCCAUUAAUGAAAUGGCCACUCAUCCUGGCUAUUAUGAGGACCUAGUGGAGAAAUCGAUGGGGAAGUAUAACCUUGCCACAGAAGAGAUAGAGAGGGAUCUGCACCGCUCCCUUCCGGAACACCCUGCGUUCCAGAAUGAGAUGGGUAUUGCUGCUCUAAGGAGAGUCUUGACAGCUUAUGCUUUUAGAAAUCCAAACAUAGGAUAUUGUCAGGCUAUGAAUAUUGUCACUUCAGUACUCCUCCUUUAUGCAAAAGAGGAGGAAGCUUUUUGGCUGCUGGUGGCUCUGUGUGAACGUAUGCUGCCUGACUACUACAACACAAGAGUUGUUGGAGCUUUGGUGGAUCAGGGUGUCUUUGAAGAGUUGGCUCGUGACUAUGUUCCACAGCUUUAUGACUGCAUGCAGGACUUGGGUGUAAUAUCCACCAUUUCCCUGUCCUGGUUCCUCACUCUUUUCCUCAGUGUAAUGCCUUUUGAGAGUGCAGUGGUGGUUGUCGAUUGUUUCUUCUGUGAAGGAAUAAAGGUGAUAUUUCAAUUAGCACUCGCUGUCCUCGAUGCUAAUGUAGACAAGCUGCUUAACUGUAAAGAUGAUGGAGAAGCCAUGACAGUCUUGGGAAGAUAUUUGGACAGCGUAACUAAUAAGGACAGCACUCUUCCACCCAUUCCUCAUCUUCACUCGCUGCUCAGUGAUGAUGUGGAGCCUUAUCCUGAGGUGGAUAUCUUCAGACUAAUCAGGUCUUCCUAUGAGAAAUUUGGAAGUAUCCGAGCAGAUUUAAUUGAACAAAUGAGAUUCAAACAAAGGCUGAAAGUUAUCCAAACCCUUGAAGAUACUACAAAGCGCAAUGUGGUACGAACUAUUGUGACAGAGACUUCCUUUACUAUUGAUGAACUGGAGGAACUGUAUGCACUUUUCAAGGCAGAACAUCUGACUAGCUGCUACUGGGGAGGAAACAGCAAUGCUAUUGACCGGCAUGAUCCCAGCCUGCCUUAUCUGGAGCAGUACCGUAUUGACUUCGAGCAGUUCAAGGGGAUGUUUGCUCUCCUCUUUCCUUGGGCAUGUGGAACUCAUUCAGAUGUGUUAGCUGCACGCCUAUUCAGGCUUCUGGAUGAAAACGGAGACUUGCUCAUCAACUUCCGUGAAUUCGUCUCUGGGCUAAGUGCGGCAUGCCAUGGAGAUCUUACAGAGAAGCUGAAGUUACUGUACAGAAUGCAUGUUUUGCCUGAUCCAUCCCCUGAGCAAGAAGAGCCAGACUCUGCUUUUGAAGCUACUCAGUACUUUUUUGAAGACAUCACACCAGAAUGUACACACGUUGUUGGCCUAGACAGCAGGAACAAACAAGGAGUAGAUGAUGGGUUUGUUACAGUGAGUCUGAAAACAGACAAAGGCAAGAAGAGCUCACAAGAGAAUCGUAAUUAUCUGAGAAUGUGGAGCCAAGAGAAAUCCAAAGCAAAAAACACAAAGGACUUGCCCAAACUGAAUCAGGGACAGUUCAUUGAACUGUGCAAGACAAUGUACAACAUGUUCAGUGAAGACCCCAAUGAACAAGAUCUGUACCACGCUACCGCUGCUGUGACGAGCUUGCUUUUGGAGAUAGGGGAGGUCGGUAAGCUCUUCAGUGUGCAGCCCACAAAAGAGGCAGACAGCAGCAGUAACAAUUGCAGCAAAACUAUUCAGAGUGAGCUGUUUCAGAAGAAGGAGCACCAGCAGUACCCCCUCGAACAGCACAAGCCGUUCCAAAGCAGCCUUGUCACCAACGACGAGGAGGCCGUUUGCACCGACAGCACCCUGGGCAUGCAGAUGGAAGACAUCAAGCUCGAAGACUCUUCUCCAAGGGACAACGGGGCCUGUUCUGCCAUGCUCAUUUCCGAUGACGAUACAAAAGAUGAUAGUUCCAUGUCCUCCUACUCAGUACUGAGUGCAGGUUCACAUGAAGAAGAAAAGCUGCACUGCGAGGACAUCGGUGAAGACACCGUUUUGGUACGGAGCAACCACACCACUUCUCUUCAUAGAAGCACUAGCAUUGACAGAGAUUGGGCCAUCACCUUUGAACAAUUUUUAGCCUCCCUUUUGACUGAGCCGGCACUGGUUAGGUACUUUGACAAGCCUGUGUCCAUGAUGGCUAGGAUUACUAAUGCUAAAAACAUAAGGAUGAUGGGUAAACCAAUAACCUCAGCCAGUGACUAUGAAAUCUCUACUAUGUCGGGAUAA